UUUAAAUAGAAACUUCGUGUAUCACUUGAGGACAUAGAAUCUGUACUGCCAGUUUAUGUCAAAAUGGCAGAUUCACUGAACCUUGGUGAGACUGCUUAUAAUCUAGACAUGGCUACCGAUGUUAGAAUGAAGUUAUUGAAGAUGUAUGAAAUUAUGGAUAUUAUAAGCAAAAAAAUUCUUGUGCUGGGGAUGUCUGGAGAGAAUCGAGCAACGCAAACUGAGCAGCGACUUCAACGAAUGAUUCGGCAGUAUGUUACGUCUUAUUUACAAGAUAACAUGGUAACCCUGCAGGCACUUCCAUCUCGAGAUCAGUAUGAGAGACUUAAACUGGAAAGAGAGGCAGCCAUUGCAAGGAGAUUAGAAAAGCAAAAACAGGCAGCCAUAGAAGCGCAAAGACAAGAAGAUGAAAGAAGGGAAAAUGAGAAAAGAAAACAGGAACGGUUUUCAUUCAUGACUCAUCAAUUGAGCACUAGCCCAAGUCAUUCUAGAGACGGUGUUAGCACUGAGAGAUCUGUUGCUAAGGAAAGCGUUGGCAAGGAAGGAUGGGAACCUACACAGUUACCUGUGGCAGCAUCGGCUUCCGAUCCAAUGCUGCUUCAAAUGGACAUUAUUAGAAACUACAUACAACAGGCCAGGAAUGCACAGAAAUUGGAUGAGGUUAAAAUGCUAGAGAGUAACUUGCAUGAGCUGCAGUCAGAAUAUUGGAAACAGAAGCAAAGUAAUGUGCAAAAUAAGAUAAAUCAACUGUGA